CGGCGCUGCGCAGCUCGGUCUCGCGGCCAGAACGCCGGGCCCGGGAAGGAAUUCGAGGCAUUCGCUUUGUUUGACUUGCCAGUAGACAAGUCCCGGGGACUAAUUAAUGGUGGAAUCUGCAGGGAGAAGCGGGCGAGCCGCCGGUCCCCGCCCGCCGUCGCGGUGAACUUUCCGCAGCGCGCUGCUCUGCGCACCCCACCCCGCGGCCCGCCGGAGAAGGGAGCCAUGUCUGCCCGGAGCGCAGGAAUGAAGUGCGGUUUCAGGAGCCGGCGUGGCCUGUGGCGACAGUGGAGACGUGCGUCCCGGGCAUGGCGGGGCCCGGGGUUGGGGGGCGCUGCGCACCGGGUUUGCAGGCCGCUCCGAGGUGCCUGCGGUUUCUGCUAAUUACCUUGCAGGAGGCUCUGCCGGCCGAGAAAGCCCGAGUUGCUCGGGAGCAUCUGUUUCUUCAUCGCGUCAGCCCCUUUCCUCACACUGCAGAGCUUGUUGUGGCAUGUUUCGGAAAUGCCGGGGACUGUGCUCACGCUUGGCGGUGGGAGAGGGGAGGGGGCAAGGAGAGCAGGCUCACCCCCCCCCGCCCCCAUCCAAAUGCCCGCAGUGUUCGUGCCCCUAGAGCCCCAGAAUGCUUGCAGAUUCUCGGUCGUACCUUCUCCGACUUAAAUGACCUUGGGGGAAAGGACUGUGCUUCCGAACGCCUCGUGGUGGCUUUUCUGUCCGGGGAGAAGAUACUCUCUGGACCACCCCUGCCUUUGGAGGUCAAAGGCAAGUACCAUUGAAAGAUAGUGACUGUCCAAGACAGCAAACACUGGGGGAGCAAACAGAAGUCUUCACAGAAAGCUUACAUUACCUAAUGACUGAUAAUGGUUUCCAGUUGCCAAAGAAGAUUGUGGAUACCAAGAGAAAGGUAACUAGCUUCUCCAGUGCAGUUGGAUGCCGCUUGCAGCCCUCCUUGGCUGGCAGUAGACAUGGCAGAACUUGGAAGCUACAAGGAUGCUGCCUCUAGCCGCCACCUGCGGUUUAAGUUACAGAGCCUAAGCCGCCGUCUGGAUGAGUUGGAGGAAGCCACAAAAAACCUCCAGAAAGCUGAGGAUGAGCUCCUGGAUCUCCAGGACAAGGUGAUUCAGGCAGAGGGCAGCAACUCUAGCAUGCUGGCUGAGAUUGAGGUGCUGCGCCAGCGGGUGCUGAAGAUUGAAGGUAAAGAUGAGGAGAUCAAGAGAGCAGAGGACCUGUGUCAUAUGAUGAAGGAAAAACUUGAAGAGGAGGAAAACCUUACCCGGGAGCUAAAAUCAGAGAUCGAGCGGCUUCAGAAGCGAAUGGCUGAGUUAGAGAAGCUAGAGGAGGCCUUUAGCAGGAGCAAGAAUGAAUGUACCCAGCUUUGUUUGAGCCUGAAUGAGGAGAGGAAUCUGACCAAGAAAAUCUCUUCUGAGCUGGAAGUGCUCAGAGUCAAAGUGAAAGAACUGGAAUCUUCUGAGGACCGCCUCGAUAAAACCGAGCAGAGUUUAGUGUCAGAGUUAGAGAAGCUAAAAUCAUUAACUCUGAGCUUUGUGAGUGAGAGAAAAUACCUGAAUGAAAAGGAAAAAGAAAAUGAGAAAUUGAUUAAAGAACUCACUCAAAAACUGGAGCAGAACAAGAAAAUGAACCGAGAUUAUACAAGGAAUGCUUCUAAUCUUCUGGAAAGGAAUGACCUACGGAUCGAGGAUGGCAUCUCUUCCACACUGCCAUCCAAAGAGUCAAGAAGGAAGGGCACUCUGGACUAUCUAAAGCAGGUAGAGAAUGAAACAAGAAACAAAUUAGAAAAUGAAAAGAAUAGAAAUCAGGAAGACAAUAAAGUCAAAGACCUUAACCAAGAGAUCGAGAAACUGAAGACACAAAUCAGACAUUUUGAAUCCUUAGAAGAAGAGCUUAAGAAAAUGAGGGCCCAAAAUAAUGACCUUCAGGAUAAUUACCUGAGUGAACAAAAUAAAAACAAAAUCUUAGCUAGCCAGCUGGAAGAGAUAAAGUUACAAAUCAAGAAACAGAAAGAGCUGGAAAAUGGGGAAGUAGAAGGGGAAGACGCUCUCCUGUCUGGUAGAGGCAGGCACGAGAGGACUAAGGCAUCUGUGUCCAAGCACACACUCCGGGAAUUGUCUCCUCAACAUAAGCGGGAAAGAUUCCGGAACAGGGAGUUUGCUCUCAACAGUGACAACUAUUCUCUGACCAACAAGCAGGCUUCAUCUCCCAGUUUCACCAACAGGAGAGCAGCCAAAGCCUCCAACAUGGGGGCAGGUGCAGACAGUGGGUCUCAGGAAACAAAGAGAACAGAAGAGCGAUUUGCACCUGGGUCCUCUCAGAGUGAAGGGAAGAAGACCAGGGAGCAGCCAUCAGUGCUUAGCCGCUACCCCCCAGCUGCCCAAGAGCACACUAAAGUUUGGAAGGGAACUCCCAAGCCAGGCACUGAGAGUGGACUUAAGGGAAAGGUAGAGAAGACAACUAGAACUUUUAGUGAUACCACCCAUGGGUCUGUUCUCAAUGAUAUAACGGGCAGAGGUGACAAGACUUCUGACACCUUCUCUGAGGCCCACUUUGGCAAGAAGGGACAGGUGCCUGGCAAUGGAAGUCACGUAACUCAGGCUGCAGAUUCUGUCUGUUCUAAGGCCACUGGAGCUCUGUCCUCAUCUAGAAGAGCUUCUUCAGAAGGGCUUUCUAAGGGCAAAAAGGCUACAAAUGGCCUGGAGGCUGAUGUCAGUCUCCCAAAUUCUAAGGCUUCUAUUUUAUCAAAGUAUCCUUAUAGUUCAAGAAGCCAAGAGAACAUCCUUCAGGGAUUUUCAGCCUCAAACAAAGAAGGAGUUGACCAACCUGUAGGAGUUGUGAUGGAAGACAGCAGUCAGCAUGAAGCCCUUAGGUGCCGUGUCAUCAAGUCCAGUGGCAAAGAGAAGCCAGAUUCAGAUGAUGACUUGGACAUGGCAUCUCUUGUUACUGCCAAGUUGGUGAAUACAACCAUCACUCCAGAGCCAGAGCCCAAGCUACAGCCACAUUCUAGAGAAAAAGCCAAGUCCCGAGGGACACCUAAAACCUCCCUAUUUGAAAACGAUAAAAAUGCUGCAAUAGAAAAUGAGUCUGUGAGACCUAUCAGAGCUUCCCCCACCACUGUGGAAUUCCCAGAUGUCAAUGGUGCUGGGGCAAAAAACCAAAGGCCUUUUAGCCCCAGAGAGGCCUUGAGGUCGAGAGCAGUCAUUAAACCUGUUAUCAUUGAUAAAGAUGUGAAAAAAGUCAUGGGAGGAUCUGGAACUGAAGUUGUAUUGGAAAAACAGAGAUCCACCUCUAAACUUGGGCCAAACAAAGUGACAAGCAGCAUCACUAUUUACCCCUCUGACAGUAGUGGCCCCAGAGCCAACCCAGGUGAGGCCCUAAGAGAAAGGCACACGUCCACCAGCAACAUCCACGUGGGGCCCCCAGAGCUCACACCAGUUAACAACCAUGUCAGCUCCCCUUUUGAGCUUUCUAUUCAUAAACAUGACAUCGCCUUGCAGCUCACAGAAGCCGAAAGAAUGGGAGAUGGGUCUCUAAGGAACAGGCCAGAGAUGGUGGUCUCUCGGAGCAGUAUUCUAAUUAAGCCAUCAGAUCCCGUGGAAAGGAAUAGCCAUGCUCCCCCAGCGGAGACAAUCAGGUGGAAAAGCCAUAGUGCCCCUUCAGAGAUGGGCUCCUCAGACACCAGACAUGUUACUGUGCGGAAUGCCUGGAAGAGUAAGCGAGACAUGAAAUUUUCAGAUGACUCCCCGACUCCAAUAGGUAGAAACAUGGAAUCUAUUAAUGCUUACACUCAGAGGUCUUCCACAGACUUCUCAGAACUUGCACAGCCCAGAUCCUACCUUUCCGAGCAGGGCACUCGAAAGGUAGGGAGUUCAGGGGAUGCGCCUGAGCUUUCCUCCAGAAGGACCCAAAGUAGCCUCACCGUUUCAGAGGUGCUCACCCGGAGGAAUCGGGUAGGAGACACCAUCAUGGCUGCAGCCUGGAACCACUCAGUGAGCAUGGAGGAAGGGGAGGACUGCACAGUUGGUGUCAGCAGGCGACUGCACAAUCCCCUGGAGCAUUCUGAACUGCCUGGGAAGCAGGGGCUGCCAGAGCCAGGGCGAGUCCGGGCUGAGGAACUGCAGCCAGCCAGGCCCUGUGCUGAGGAACACUGAACCAGCUAGGUGAAAUCUGCUGUUUCUCCUUCGUUCCUGCUUCUCAGCUCCUCCCCCUUUCUGGCCUGUGAAGGAUCCAAGGCCAGACCUUGGCUGGGAGACUACAUGUAGAGAGCCAGGCUAUGGCUCAGGUAAUUUUUUUUUUGCCAGUUGUCCAGACAAGAUCAGAGACUACAAACCAUAUAGUCACUCAGGCCCAGCCUUCCCUGAUGCAUGAGUCCCCUUCUCCUUAUAUCUGCCCUCAAGGUAGCACGGACCACUCUGACCUCCAAAUGGGAAGUUACAGAAACUCCCCGCCAUGUGACAGUAGCCAAAAGCUCUUUUCUCCUCCUUCGUGAGUUGUUUCUAUAUAUCGAAGACCAGCCCUUUUGCUGUGUGGCUAAUGCCGAUUUGUCUCACAACUUACAGUUGGCUCCUUGUUUGCCGUGAAGGACGCCAUCAAGGACACAAUUAAGUGUUAUCAGUCAUCAGUUCCAUCCAGGGGGCUUACCUUCCUUCUCCUCUUAGAGUUCUUCAGAAUUUGGAAGCACGAAAAGGAGUCUAUGCUGCCCCUGAGUGAUUAUGGGACCACCCUUAGAUUGCAGCUUCUCUGACCUGGCCUCUUCAUUGACCAGUUUCUUGGGUGGGCAGAGCACAAUGCCCAGUGGGAUGACACCACCCCCACCCUACCCACCUUCCAAAAGCACCCAGAAACAGACAAGUCUCAUGCAUCUCCUUCCCUGGGCACCAGUAAUGCUGCUGGCACUACCUUGGUUCUCUCUUCAACACUCUCAUCUUGGGAAAAUCCUGACUGAGCUGGGCGUGACCCGGCAUACUCUGUCUUCUGGGAAGUGCCCAGCAAGAAGAACAGCAAACAAGAAGUGAAUUCAUUCAGUCACUCCACAAGCAGUAGUUCCAUGAAAGACACUGACUGAAUACUCCCUCCCAUCUCUCCUUCAUCCCCCGUGGAGGAGGCCUUGCACUUUACCACACUGAUGCAUGUUCCUACAAAAGCCCUUGAUACCUGCAAAUAGACUAUCAUUACAGUGAUUUCAUUGGAGGAAAGCAGAUACCUGCCUGUUGAGGGCCGAUUUAUGCAGUUCAAAGUGCAUUAAGCCUUUUAGGAAGCCGGAUAAAUAUGUAUUCAUCUCCUUAUGCAAACCACAUGGGGAGGUUACAAGCUAUACAUGCUUGGCACUGCUUUUCCUGUAGCUUUUUUCUUUCAGUUGAAAGGGACCCUCCAUGGCUACCUAUGUGAAGCAGAUGCUGUUGCUGACAUAGCAAGAAAGCAUCCCACCAGGAGUCUGGAAAGCUGCUUCCCUAUACCCUCAUGGCUUUGUUACUUCCUUGCUCUGUGACCCUGGGUUAGUCAUUGUCUUCUUGGAGUCUGUUUCCCUAUCUGUAAAGUGAGUGCUUUUAUUGGGGGAGGUGGGGUGCUGGGGGAUUGAACCUAGAGCCUUGAGCAUACUAGGCAAGCACUUUGCCAUUGUGCUGCUUUCCAGCCCAAAUGAGUUCUUUGGAGUGGAUGAUGUCUAGGGGCCUUAUCUCUGACAUUCCAAACUUGUUUUCACCUUGUGGUGUGGGCUGUUUUUUGCUUUUGAUAGAUGUUAUCCAUAGGGAUAGGGGCUCUGGGAUCAUCUCUCUGCCUUCAGUUCUUACACCUUUUCUCAUGUUUCUGUCAUGGAGAUGAGCUCAAGCCCCCUAAGGCCUGUUUCUAGUCUGUGAGGUUAAGAAAUUGGAUUGGAUGGUCUCAGGUCUAUGUGGCACUGGCCUUGCCCAAUGCCACAUCUCCUGGCUUUCAGGCUAGGUGCUUUCUAGAACAUGUUUGUGUGGCUCCUGUUCCUCUCCUGUGAAUUUCCUGGUGACAGGGAAGAUGCAGGACUUCCUUAAGAGGGCUGUGUGUAGUCUCCUCUGCUCUUACUCAGCACAUGAUUGGCAUUCAUUUGCCCUCAUCUGUAUCAGACUCAGCCAUCCUGACGGGGUGUGGGUCUUUUUUUUUUUCCCCCAGGGACAGGAAUGUCUUGGUCAUACCUCUGUUUUACGGAGUUUUGCUCAUGUAAGGGCAUUGUCAUGUGGCUUGCCUCCACAUCCCAACUGAUGUACAACUAGGGUAGUGUUUUCAAGAUCUGUUCCUGCUGCUGCUUUUGGGUCACUGCCCCAAAACACCCUCACUCAAGGCUGCAACCUUUCACUUGCAGCAGUAGCACCCCCCGCCCCCCAAUUCUCCUGUACCAGUUGGCAACCCUGGGAAAGUUAAAAGGAAACAGACCUGUAGUGGUCCACUGAAAAGUACAGGAACCAGGUCUGUGGCUCUUCUGCUGAUGGAAACAGAAGGGCACUAAGCCGUGCCUCAGAGGAUCUCACCAAUAAUUUUUGUCUUUGGGUGUUGAGCCCUGGAUUCUGGUGCUGUAUACAGCUCCUGGUGCCAAAGUCUGGAUCUUUCCACAUUUUAGCAACACCAACACCUGCUGCUACUCAAAAUGCUUUCUGUGGAAAAGGGAUAGCUGUGGGCUGCCAUUCUGAAAUCUGAGUGCAAUAGCAUUUGAUUGUAACAAUUAUUUCAGGAUAUUUUAUGUUUAACCUGCACACUUUGUAGAACCGCUGUAAAGUAAUUUUAUUUUUAAAUGUCCUCAAGCAUUGCAGAAAAUAAUGUUUAUAGGCUGGAGGGCUUAGUUCCUCUGGGCUUCAACGGCCAACUAGACCAGCUCAUUCCAAAGUUGGAAGGCACAUCAUUUCAGGACAACCAAGGUGUGACCAUUUGGACCCAAGCCAAAUGCCAGAGGAAGCUUUCAAGUAAGUACAAGGGACACCUGUGGUUGAACCAUUAUCUAAUCAAGCCACAUACUCCUAUAGCCAGUCAAGAAACCCACUUUUAUAAGUGCUUCUCUUCUGCAGUCUGGGUGUAUGUCUAGAAUUGAGCCAGCUGAUAAUGUGGUUCUAGUUUUGAGUAGAGGAACCUGGUCCUAGAGCUGACAAAGAAGAGUUGGCCAAAUGCCAGAAGCUGGCGUCAUCCACCUGCUGCUUUGGUACUGACACAUCAGAAAAAGCUAUAGACAGUGCUCAAGGAAGCUGUGGCAGGUUGGUUUGAGUGGCAAUAAACAAUGAAGAAUAUGGGGUAACGGGAUCUGAAUAGGGCCAGGGCUUCAGCAAGCUUGCACACCAGUCAUCCCUCUCAUGCAGCAGGGGCAGGUGUUUCGAGAGUAUUCUUGGACUUCUUGUCCUGGGCCAGUUUUAGUUGUUUAGAUUUAGGUCAGUGCCAAGUGCUAUCACUUUCCAGUAGAGGAACAGGGACCAAGGCUGGUCCCUGGCUGCCUUUGUUUGCGUGGGUUUCUUUUCUCACGAGACUGCUUUGGAAGAGCUGCUUUCUAAGGAUUAUCUUAUGAAUGCCCCAAGUGGGGAACAGGGUUCUCCUCAACAUCUCAACCACGAGCAUAGGAAAGGGGUCCUAUUUUCCUGCUGCUUCACAGCUCAGAACAUGUACUGAAUGGAAUGUAUUUUUAAGAGAAUAAAGUCUAUUUUUUGUAUUUUAAAGAUUGGGAGGGCUAUGAAAAUAGCCCUUAAUAAACUUAUGCAUGAUAGGCCCCUCUGGUGGGGAUACCAGCUCUGUUGGUCCACACCUACUUGAUCAGACAGGUGCUCUGGCCUCACCUCUGCCCCUUGGAGUCUAGGUGCAGAAGCUUCUACAUUCCUGCUCCAAAAAUGGGACCAGAGAGGCCAGAACUUGCCUCUGGAAAGCAGGGCACAGCCACAGGCAGUGGCUCAGGGCUCCUUGGGUGCAUGUGUAUAGUUGAAGCUGCCUGUCUGCAUGUAUCCUUUGGCUGUAAUGCUCUCUGUUGGCUCUGCAGCACAAUAUUGUAACCAAUAAAGCUCCCUCCUUUCCAUAUGCUCCUCUGAGUCAAUGACGCCAAUUGUGUCAUUUCUGGGUGCAGCUGUUGUCUCUGAAUUGGUGCUGAUGUAGAGCUUCACUAUGCUGUAAGGACUGUCAUAACUGAAUCGGUUAGAAUCAGCAGCUACCUCUGCUAUCUUUUCAGGCUUCUGUAGUCACCAAUCCCAACCAAAACUCAAACUGCCU